AUGAUUCAGUUGAAGACUGUACUGAAUGUAAUUGAUAAUUCUGGAGCUUUACUUGCUGAAUGUAUUCGCGUUGGACACGGUGGUAGAUAUGGGAGAAUAGGUGAUUCAAUGACAGUAGUGAUACGUAAAGCUCGCCCGAUUCCACAGAACGUCAGCGGUCCUCAAGCCUCAUCAUCUUCACUUCUUGCAGCAAAGAUUGCAAUUAGGAAAGGCGAAGUUAGAAAAGCUCUAAUCGUUCGAGUAGCGAAAGAAAUGCGAAGACCGGAUGGUAGAUAUAUCAAAUUCGACGAUAAUGCCUGCGUCUUAUUGAAUAAUCGGGGAGAGCCUUUGGGGACCAGAGUUCUGGGGGUUGUUGGGGCUGAGUUGAGAGGAAAGAAAUGGGGGAAAAUUGUUAGUUUAGCACCCAAGGUUGUUUGA